GGAACACUUCGAAGGGCUCAUGCGCAACAUCCCUGUGCCUGUGACCAGUCCGCAGUACGACCAGUACGCGACGUAUUACAGACAACAGUACGAUCGUAACAUGCAGGAGCACGAGGACUACCUCGAUCAGUGGAAAAAGAGCCACCCGCAGUUCAAUUGGGGGGUGCUGUUUACAGUCAUGUGCUACAGCGGCAUGGUCUUCGCUGGGUUGUUAGCAUACAUGGAGUACCACUGUGGGGCGAUCUCGUACCUCAUGGAACUGGCAGAGGCUGUGUACAACUCGACGCUGGAGAAGUGGGCGGCGUACCGUGAACGGUUGCAGAAGGCCGACGACGAGAGGCUGCUGCGCGAGAUGGGCGAGGGGGACGCCGCCGGCACCGCAGCCGGCAGGAGCGGCGCGUCGAGCUCCGCGCAGGCCGGAGCUGCAGGGCGCGUCGGCGCCAGCGGGCCCGCCGCCGCCAAGAAGGGGCGCAAGAAGGCGCCGCACGAGGCGCCCCCGCAGCUCGAGCGCGGUUUCAGCUCGUGCAGCUCCGCCAGCACGGCCAGCACCAGCGCCGCGGGCAGCCCCGCGCCGCCGUCGGCGGCCUCGCCCUCGGCCUGCACGCCCAAGGCGGCCUCCGCGGCGGAUCGCCAGGAGCUGCAGAGCCCCCAGGCGGCGCGAAGGC